AUGGAGUUGCGUGGAGAAUGGGCUGGAUUCGACCUGCUGACCGUGGGUGGAGAGAAGCUCAUGGUGCAUCGUCGCGGGAAUCUGGUCAUGGUCUCUGGUUGCAUCACCACAGUGUCACCGAUGAAGCAGAAGGCAAACUUCGACCUCAACAUUGGCCAGGUUCCUCACUAUUGCAAUCCGCAGCGCUACAUUCCCUUCGUGGCUCCCACUGCCAUGUCACGCUACGAAGGCAUCAAGCAAUGCGGCACCAGCUCAAUACUGCGAGAUGAUGGCAAGCUGAUGAUCAAUUUCAACAAGAACACGAACCCCAUGGUGCUGCACUUCUCUGGUCUCAUCUUCAACGUCCAAGGCGAGCCGGAAGAGGAGAUUGAGAUCGCGCACCGGGACCGCCCCAAACCGGGCAAGGAGGUGAAGGAUGUCCUGGGCAAGGGCAAAGGCAAGGGCAAGGACGAAGACAUGUCACCUACGAGGCGCCAAGAGCUUCGAGCAUCACAGCAGGACCCACCCGGAUUGCAGCGGGAGAACGGCAUUGUGACCCUACAGGGCUCACUCCUCGAAGCGACGUAUGGAUUCUCCAAUCUGCUGGUUGGCUACUUGCCAGAGGGCUACCGGCCCAAGCGCGAGAUCCGCUGCCUGGCGCCGCUGAUUCAUAUGCCCAAGCAGGAUGACUUUGCAUGCUGCCCCAUUGCUGAUCAAACCAUUGCGCUGACUGUGAAGCCUGACGGCAACAUCUUCGUUCAGGGUGGCAACCAGCAUGCCGUGGACCAGAAGGGCCUCAUGCGUGUGCUUCCACAGAGAAAGAGGGGCAUCCUGAGUUUUGAUGGCAUCCGCUUCUCCCAGGCCAAUCAAGGGUUGCCAAUAACCCUCGCAGCAGGUUUGGGCAGCAAGAAGAGCUCUAGCAAGCUGUUGCAGAAGCUUGGCAGCAGCGACAGCUCAGCUAUCGCGUUGAAGCAUGGCGAUUUGGUUCUGCUUGAGGGCGGAUUGGACUGGACCAACAGCAAGACACUCAACAACAAGCAGGUCAUUGCCAGAUUGCCGGAAGGCUGCUGGCCACGCCGACGGGAGAUCUUCUUCACUCGAGGGCGAGAUGAGGAGAGACGACGUGUCGACAUCGACAUGUGGGGGCGGAUCUUUUGCCCUGAAGGUGACGACAAGACGAGUGACGGUGGCCAUGUCGAGCUCAGUGGCAUUGCAUUCAUGGCUGCCGCCGAGCCACCUCUGCUUCAACCACUGGAACCAGAGUUUGAUGACCUGAAGCUUCUGUACAACCGCACUGUGGUGGACGUUGCAGCUGGUUCCUUCAAGGGGCAUGAGCUGCUGGAGCAGUUCAUUCGACGGUGUAGUCAUUACGAGUGGAACCUGCUGAAGUACAACAUGGCCCGGCAUGCUGGUCGGAGCAUGCUGACUCCUUUGGGCGAUGCGCCGCUCAGGGGUUGGGAGCGAGGCAACGAGUACAACCUCGACAAAGACUGUCACCGUCUUUGGCGAGAUGUGCUGAAGCACAAGCUGGACGAGCACUGGGGCAUAACCACAUGGCACACUUUGAUGCACCUCUCGGAUGCGAUGCUGGACAAGGUGCUCGAGUGUUGCAGCCAACAGCUGGGCGACCGCGACCGCAAGCUGCUGAAGAAGAGCAAACGCAUUUGCGAAGGAGAUUGGGAAAGAAAGCGCCACCCUGGGCUGAACUUUAACCGCCUGGGGGAGAUUGCAGCAGACAUUGUUGACCACAUGUUUGAGCACUGGGACUUUUCGGCCCAGCUACAAGGCCUUAUGAAGAACGACUUCCGCGCUCCGGAGACCAUCAAGCAUCUUUUUCCGCGGCAUGUGGCGAAGUGGCAGGAGAAGCUUAUCAAGGACAACAUAGCUGAGAAGGAAAUGGGGAAGUUCGAAGAGAUCCGGCAGUUCUUCUUCCUGUAUGAGACCACAGGGAGCAACAUGACACACUGCAGCUUGAUGGGCUCCUCUGACCUCUUCACGACCACUGGGAAGUGGUACUUUCCCGAUGCUCCAGAUGUGCAGAGGCAACUCUUUGAGAACGUUGCCUGGCUCUACGACAGGAAUAUCCACCACUAUAUCUCUGAGCGGCAGACUCCAACGUUUCCGUUCAUCGAGGACUUUGACAUUCAGGCGGCGAAGGACUACCGGCCCAUCCCCCCUGGCCGAGAAUGGGCUGACCCGCCAGACGAUCUCUUCGUCACGAUGCCCAUUCGCCAUGGCCCUGAGCCCUUCGACGUUGGUGGGGAUCCGGGCUUUGUUCUGAAGCACCGGGCAACAGCGAUUCACAUGAUGUAUCCGCACAUCGAGGAGCUUUACUGUCUGGUGUAUUCGGCAUCUGGCUACAAUAAGGGGAAGGAGAUGGUCAAAUCGUCCUUCCAUCUGGUGUGGCCUCAGAUCGUGGUCGAUCCUUCCCGAGCUCAAGCGAUUCGCUACGUAACCCUGGGCAUCUUCAAGAACGAGACGAACAAGCAAGGGUCAGACAUCCAGCUGCUGCAAGAGAAGCUGAUGGAGAUGGACCGCAGCAAUGAAUGGGAGCUGGUCUUUGACAGCACCACCAUCAAUGCCAGAAAUGGCCUGCGACUGCCCUAUUCUGACAAAGCGUCCAUGGUCGUCAAAGAUCCGGAGGAUAAGGCGCGGAUUGCACGCGGAGAGCUCUCCAAGAACUCGGCCUUCAAGAUACGAGUCGUUGAAGAGCGGCCCUCGAAAGCUGUGGGGCGCAUCAACUUCAGCUUCGUCAAGGAUGAAGAUGGAGAAGAGCGCAUCCAAGCCAGGUGGGUGCAGGACGAGAAGUCGCAGGAGCGGUCGGAGUGGAUCCGAAUGGGUUCUUGCCGCCUGGACCAAGCUGACGCGAUCUCGACAAAGAUGACUCCUUGGCAACUGGGUCCGGAAGUAAUGGGUCUGCUGCCGAAGAAGCCAGGUGAGAAGUAUUACCGUGAAUCCGAAGAUGACCAAGGUAUCUUCAGAACCCACGUCAGCUACCCCAACAUCCUACGCUGCGCGCUCUCUGUCGAUGAGUUUGUCGCCAAGUUUGACGAGCAGCUGGGGGAAGAGAUGGAUGCACUUUUGGGGGAAGGCGAGUUCGAUCUGCGAAAGAGAAUAGCAGGCCAGUGGAUUACCGUAACGGAAGACCAGGCCAUGUGGCGGGCUCCUGCAGCGCGACAAUUCUCCCACAAGUUCCCGGACUGGCACUGGGGCUCUCGCUCCAAGCAGCUCCUCCGUCCGGCAGAGCUAACCUUCCUCAAGAGCGUGGGCAAGGUGAUUGUGGAUGGCCCGGAUGAUGUUCGGACGGCGCUCGUCCGUGUUUUGAAGUUAUGCCGGACGGAGAUGGACGACAAUCCGAUUAUGCCCGUCUUCGACACGGAAAUGAUGCACAGUUUCCCCUGA